CGAACGGUCCGUUGUUGUGAGUAGAGGCGUAUACCGUUGUCGCGCGUUGUUCGCGUCCGUGUGUGGGAAAAACAACAUUUUGAAUAAAAAAUAUCACCGGACGAGUUUUGUUUUUAUAUCGUUUCGUUAAUACAAUAGUGUCCGUUGUGUAUUUUACAUUCGAACGACCAACGACCGCAGAACGCAAAGCGGCCAGGUUUAACCGUGUGAAUAUUAAUGCACCGCGAACGGAGAGUGAUCAUUUAGGAGACUUGACCCGAGAUCAUCAGACGAUCAGAGUGAAUCUAGACAAGGUGAACUGCAUUACAAACCAUGAGCACGAGAUUCCAUAAAGCGGCUCAAGACGGUUUCGUAAACCUACUGAAAGAGGCGACUAAAAGAGAUUGUAAUGCUAAAGACGACGACGGGAUGACGCCGACGCUUUGGGCGGCUUACAAAGGGCACCUGGAAGCGCUGAGGAUACUUGUCGGCCGAGGUGGUGAUCCAGAGAAAUGUAAUUAUCAUCUUGGACAAAACGCAUUACAUUUGGCUGCGUCUAAAGGCCAUUUGAGUUGUGUGACUUUUCUAGUCGGUUUUGAUGUCAACUUGUGGGCUUUAGACUUAGACUUUCUCACAGCAAUGCAGCUAGCAGCCAUACACGGUAAAUCGCAAGUACUCCAAUACUUGGAUAAAGCGGCCGCAUCUCAAAUAAUGCAGAACAAGAAAAAAGUUGAAUCUAAAAAAGAAAAAGCUCAGAAAGACGCAGAACGUAACCAAAAAAAGUACGAGGAUCGGACGAAAAAAGAAAGAGAAAAAGAGAAAAAGCAAAUUCGAAGGGUGGAAAAAGAAUACUUGGGUGGAAACAAAGCAGAUUCGGAAACUGCUAUACCUACAGUCAGAUCAAUUCCUCUGUCUUUGCGUAAAUCUUCAUCAGACCUGUCCUGUAAAUCCUUCACAGAGAUCGUCGGAUCUGGUACCGUGAAAAAACCGUUUGUUAGCUCGGGCGGUGUAAAAAAGAUAUUGGACAGGAAACUGAAGGCGGCAGCGGCAGCAGUGGAUGCGCACAACAAAACCAACAAAUCAACGUUCAGAUCGAUAAAAGAAGUCGAGGAUAGCACGAGUGUACGAACCAUAACGUCAAAUGGAGAUUCACAAAUUAUUUAUGUCAAUUCGUACGAGAACGAGAACGGAGGGAAAAGAGGCAGGAUUUCGGAUGUGUUCGAGUUACACCGCACCAUUUCACAACCGAACUUCAUCAUGGAUCUACAGCAGAACGACGACGCCAAUAAAGUGCAUUGGCACGAUCAAGGUAGCAUGUUCGAUCGACCGGGUUUCGGAAGCGUCGCGUUCAGACAAAACGUGACCACAAUUCCAGUACCAGACGUGUCUAGGGCGACUAUUGAAGACGAGGCGUGCAGUAUCGGCAGCGCUGGAAGUCUGGUGAAGCGGAACCAACCGAGCAACACUAUGUCCUGGGACGAAUUCCAAAACAGCGACGAGGAAAACAUCGCGCUGAACGGGCGCAGUACAAAGUGGUCGGCCGUGCACAAGUUCUUGGUGUCGGCAGGCGUCGGCGAGUACGUCAACAAGUUUGUGGAGCAACAGGUGGACCUGGAAGCACUGUUCAUGCUCGAUGACCGAGAUUUGGUCUUGCUCGGUCUGCCGCUGGGCCCCAGGAAGAAGCUGCUUGGCGCAAUCGAAGAGCGGGUGAGGAGACGCUGUACCCACGAAAACAUUGGCGCCUGUACAACAAUAGUGGACACGAUGGGUCCUGCAAAAUCGUUGAACAAGUGUUAAAUAAUUUUGUAUAAAAAAAACCCAAAUUACUGUAUCGCGGGUAUUUGUCGAGUUAGAUAGGUGCAAUGUGCAAGGCUGUGAUUUUAACGCACCAACCAAAAAGACGCUUUAAAAAAAUGACACAAAUUCGUUCUGAAAAUAAAUAAUUUGAAAAAAGUUAUUUUAAAUAACAACGCGUAUUCGUUCAGAAUAUACGCUAUUAUUCUCAUUUAUGUACAAAUCAUAAUUCAAAAAUAAUUGUUGUUUUGUAUUUAAAGAUAGCAAUGUAAGAAUUUAAGAAUUUUUUUUUCUAUCAGUAUUCAUAAUAUUAUUACUGACAAGUUAUUUAAAAAUAAUUUGUCUUCGGAUGUAGCAUUUUAUAUUAUAACAUCAGAAUCGAAAUGUACAAAAAAAUAUAUACAAAUACUAAAAUAUAUAAAGUACAAUAUGAUAUAAAAUUAAUAAAAUUACGUAUUAGUAUUUGGUACAAAGAGUACAAGAUAAUUUAUCUUAGUAUUAUGCUAGCUGUAAUAAAUAAGACAAAUUUCAAUAAAAUUCAAUUUCUUCCACGAAAAAAACACACAAGUGCAUUAAAAUUCAUAAAUCUGGACAUAAGACUGAUCGACAUUUAAAAAAAAAAUUAUAAUAAAACAAUGUAACCUGAUGAAAUUUAACCUUUUCAGAUUGUAUACAAAAGAUCUAAAAAGUAAAAUGUAAGUUUGAUCUUAUUGUAUAUUAUCAAUAUUGCAUAUUGGACGAAUAUUACUCGUGGUAUUUUCAAGUACAACUUUUUUUCGUCUAAUCGACAUAAUACGAACUACAUUUAUGAACAUUUUAAUGUUUGAGAAACGAUAUUUAUAGAUAUUACAUUCGGUUAAAAACUAAAACUAAAUAUUAAACAAAAUGAGACGUAAUAAACUCUCGAUUGAACACCCGCGAUAGGUACGGUAAUUAUAAACUAUUAACAAUAUAUUAUGAUAUAUAAUAUAAUCUUAUAUAGGUACUAAAUUGUUUACGUUAUUUGUAUGAUAACUAAGUAUUAAAUCGGUACGCGUUUGUUUAUUAUUUCUUGAACUAUUGUUUUAUUCUGCUUUUGGUUUGGACUUGUACCUAAUUAUGUAUUAAUUCGUAGUGAUUUGUGUUAUUUUAUAUUUUUUAUAAGUAUUACGUAUUUACGUUUAUCUCUACUGUUACUAAAAUAAUAUCUUAAAACUUAUUAUAAUAAGAUUUAUAUAAUAUGAUAAAAUCGUAUAAUAUUUAAAUUGGCAAUGAAAAUAAUAAUAAUUUUUAUUCAGUAAAGCUACCUAUGUUUGUGAUUACGUAAUUUACCAAUAUAAUUAAGUAUUAGCAUCGCAUUACUAGUUAGAUUUUAUAGGUAGGUACUAGGACCGACACUGCUGUUGAGAUUCGUAAAAUACGUAAGACAAAUUUAAGCUAUAUUAUAAGUAUUUAUUAUAUUUAAAUAGAUGUACUUGUGACUAAUAAACCAAUGUAUAUAAUGAAUUAAAUGGACUAAAACUAGU